GUAUUCUGUCAUUCAUUGUCAAGCCAGAUCCACAUGGAUUGAGUCCACUCCAUCGAAGCCCGUUUCUUAGAUUUUACGUAGAUAGUGGACGUACAGCUUGCUAGUUAAAUAUAUGCAAAUAUCCAGGUUGCUAGAACGCUAACUAGUUCAUGGUUAAUUACAUGUCCCAUAACUAGCAAGCAAUAGUCUCUUGUAGCUAGCCUGCUAUCUAGCUACAUAGACUAAGUCAACUCAAGUUCGUGCAUGGUUUCUUUUCGCCUUUUUUAGAGGGACUGAGUGGGACACAUCGGAUUAAACUACAUUCAUUUAGCUAGCUGGUGAGCUAGCUAAAUUUGAACAAAAACAUGUCCGGGAGUGAAGAGGACAGGGACGAUUUUGGACCAUCCGAAGAUCGGUCCCUGAUACAAGAUGAGGAUGAUAUGGAGGAAGACAUGUCUGAGGGGGAGGCUCCCAAAGUGAAGAAGAAGAAGAAGGCCAAGAAGAGUCGCGAGAGCAAAGGCAGCAAACGGCAGAGGCAGCGCAGAGAGGACUUGGCGGGCAGCUCUCCAGAGAUGAUGGAAGGCCCAAAUGGGGGAGAUGUGGAAGAGAGAGACGGCGAUGUAGUGGGCCGGUCGGAUAGCGAGGGCAGUGACUACACCCCGGGCAGGAAGAAGAAGAAGAGGGUGAGCACAGUGAAGGACAAGAAGAGAGGGACGAGCGGGGAGAGGGAGAGGGAGAGGAGCGCCGGGGCGUCGUCUGGAGGGAAGAGUAAAAGGAAAGAGCAGGAGCCAGAGGAAGAGGAUGAAGAAGAGGAUGAAGACAGCCAGGAGCCAAAGAGCUCUUCUCAGCUGUUGGAUGACUGGGGGAUGGAGGACAUCGAUCAUGUCUUUACCCAGGAAGAUUACCGUGCCCUCACAAACUACAAGGCCUUCAGUCAGUUUGUCAGGCCCCUCAUAGCUGCGAAGAACCCCAAGAUCGCCGUGUCUAAGAUGAUGAUGGUGCUGGGGGCGAAGUGGCGCGAGUUCAGCACCAACAACCCGCUGCGGGGCUCGGCCAGCGCCACCGCGGCCCUGGCGGCCGCCACGGUCGCUGCCACCGUGGAGAGCAUGGUAGCCAGCGGGGCCGAGGGGGGGUCCCCCACAGCGGCCCCUGCAGCCCCCAGCGCCCCCCUGGUUGUUCCCCCACCCCCCGCGCCAGUCGAAACCCCGGCAUCGGCCCCACCCCCGGCCCCGCCACUGCGAAAGGCCAAGACAAAGGAGGGGAAAGGUCCCAAUGCUCGUAAGAAGCCCAAGCCUCCUCCAAAACCCCAGGAGAAGAAAGUGAAAACCAAGAAGGUGGCUCCCCUCAAGAUCAAGCUGGGUGGCUUCAACAACAGCAAGCGCAAGAGGUCCUCGAGCGAGGAGGACGAAGUAGAUGUGGACAGCGACUUUGACGACGGCAGCAUGAAUAGCUUCUCUGUGUCGGACGGCUCAAACAGCCGCAGCAGCCGGUCAAAGAAGACCACCAAAACCGCCAAGAAGAAGAAGAAAGUUGACGAAGACGCUGAUGGCUAUGAGACUGACCACCAGGACUACUGUGAGGUCUGCCAGCAGGGUGGUGAGAUCAUCUUGUGUGACACCUGCCCCCGGGCGUACCACAUGGUGUGUCUGGACCCCGACAUGGAGAAGGCCCCUGAGGGAACCUGGAGCUGCCCCCACUGUGAGAAGGAAGGCGUGCAGUGGGAGGCGCGGGAGGAGCCGUCGGAGGGCGAGGAGGAGAACGACGCCGACAGCAGGAUGGAGACCGAGGAGGACGACCACCACAUGGAGUUCUGCAGGGUGUGCAAGGACGGCGGGGAGCUGCUGUGCUGCGACUCCUGCCCCUCCUCCUACCACAUCCACUGCCUCAACCCGCCCCUGCCCGAAAUCCCCAACGGGGAGUGGAUCUGCCCGCGAUGCACGUGUCCGGCGAUGAAGGGUAAAGUCCAGAAGAUUCUGAUCUGGCGCUGGGGACAGCCGCCACCCCCCACGCCGGUGCCCCGCCCCCCCGACCUCCAACCCGACGCCCCUGACCCCGCCCCUCUUGCUGGCCGCCCAGAGAGAGAGUUCUUCGCCAAGUGGAGCAACAUGUCAUACUGGCACUGCUCCUGGGUGUCUGAGCUGCAGCUGGAGCUGCACUGCCAGGUCAUGUUCCGGAACUACCAGCGCAAGAACGACAUGGACGAGCCCCCGUCCACGGACUUUGGCGUAGAGGGAGACGAGGACAAGAGCGUGAAGAGGAAGACCAAGGACCCCUUCUACGCCCAGAUGGAGGAGAGGUUCUACCGCUUCGGCAUCAAGAUGGAGUGGAUGAUGAUCCACCGCAUCCUCAACCAUAGUGCUGACAAAAAGAACAACGUUCACUACCUGAUAAAGUGGAGGGACCUGCCCUAUGACCAGGCCACCUGGGAGGCUGAGGACAUGGACGUACCAGACUACGAUGGCUUCAAGCAGCAGUACUGGAACCACAGGGAGCUGAUGAUGGGAGAGGAAGGCAGGCCAGGGAAGAAGCUGAAGAUCAAGGGGAAGCUGAAGAGGAGUGACCGGCCCCCAGAGAACCCAGUCAUAGAUCCCACCAUCAAGUUUGAGCGGCAGCCGGACUACCUGGACAGCACGGGCGGCACACUGCACCCCUACCAGCUGGAGGGGCUCAACUGGCUACGCUUCUCCUGGGCUCAGGGCACCGACACCAUCCUGGCCGACGAAAUGGGGCUGGGCAAGACUGUCCAGACUGCAGUCUUCCUCUACUCGCUCUAUAAGGAGGGCCACUCCAAGGGCCCGUUCCUGGUCAGCGCCCCUCUCUCCACCAUCAUUAAUUGGGAGCGUGAGUUUGAAAUGUGGGCCCCCGACAUGUACGUGGUGACCUACAUUGGCGACAAGGACAGCCGAGCCGUCAUCCGGGAAAAUGAGUUCUCCUUCGAGGACAACGCUAUCCGGGGCGGGAAGAAGGCCUCCAGGAUGAAGAAAGAGGCAUCGGUGAAAUUCCACGUGCUGCUGACCUCAUAUGAGCUCAUCACCAUCGACAUGGCCAUCCUGGGAUCCAUCAACUGGGCCUGCCUGGUGGUGGACGAGGCCCACAGGCUGAAGAACAACCAGUCCAAGUUCUUCAGAGUGCUGAAUAACUACCCCCUGCAGCACAAGCUGCUUCUGACUGGAACCCCACUGCAGAACAACCUGGAAGAGCUCUUCCACCUGCUCAACUUCCUCACCCCAGAGAGAUUCAGCAACCUGGAGGGCUUCCUUGAGGAGUUUGCGGACAUCGCCAAGGAGGACCAGAUCAAGAAGCUGCAUGACAUGCUGGGGCCUCACAUGCUCAGGAGGCUGAAGGCCGACGUCUUCAAGAACAUGCCGUCCAAGACGGAGCUGAUCGUGCGCGUGGAGCUCAGCCCCAUGCAGAAGAAAUACUACAAGUUCAUCCUGACGCGUAACUUUGAGGCCCUCAACACCCGCGGAGGUGGCAACCAGGUGUCUCUGCUCAACGUGGUCAUGGACCUUAAGAAGUGCUGCAACCACCCCUACCUCUUCCCUGUCGCUGCCAUGGAAGCACCAAAGAUGCCCAACGGCAUGUAUGACGGCAGCGCCCUGACCAAAGCGGCGGGAAAGCUGAUGCUGCUGCAGAAGAUGCUGAGGAAGCUGAAGGAUGGCGGCCAUCGUGUGCUCAUCUUCUCCCAGAUGACCAAGAUGUUGGAUCUGCUGGAGGACUUCCUGGAGAACGAGGGGUACAAGUAUGAGCGUAUCGACGGAGGCAUCACCGGAGGGAUGAGGCAGGAGGCCAUCGACCGGUUCAACGCCCCUGGGGCGCCUCAAUUCGCCUUCCUGCUGUCGACGAGGGCGGGAGGCCUGGGCAUCAACCUGGCAACCGCCGACACUGUCAUCAUCUACGACUCUGACUGGAACCCCCACAACGACAUUCAGGCAUUCAGUCGAGCACAUCGUAUCGGUCAGAAUAGGAAGGUGAUGAUCUACCGCUUCGUCACUAAGGCCUCCGUGGAGGAGCGGAUCACUCAGGUAGCAAAGAAGAAGAUGAUGCUGACCCACUUGGUGGUCCGGCCUGGGCUGGGCUCCAAGACGGGCUCCAUGUCCAAGCAGGAGCUGGACGACAUCCUCAAGUUCGGCACAGAGGAGCUCUUCAAAGACGAGAUCGGGGAGGGAGACAACAAGGAGGAGGACAGCAGCGUGAUCCACUACGACGACAAGGCCAUCGACCGGCUGCUGGACCGGAACCAGGACGCCACGGAGGACACGGCCGAGAUCCAGAGCAUGAACGAGUACCUCAGCUCCUUCAAGGUGGCCCAGUACGUGGUGAAGGACGAGGAGGAGGCGGAGGAGGAGGUGCAGCGUGAGAUCAUUAAGCAGGAGGAAAGUGUGGACCCAGAUUACUGGGAGAAGCUGCUGAGGCAUCACUACGAGCAGCAGCAGGAGGACCUGGCCCGAAACCUGGGCAAGGGCAAGCGCAUCCGCAAGCAGGUCAACUACAACGACGGCUCGCAGGAGGACCGAGGUAGUAGACGGGAUUGGCAGGAUGACCAGUCGGACAACCAGUCGGAUUACUCGGUGGCUUCGGAGGAGGGAGACGAGGACUUUGACGAGCGGUCGGAAGUGAACUCUCGCAGACCCAACAGGAAGGGCCUGAGGAAUGACAAGGACAAACCGCUGCCCCCCCUGCUGGCCAGAGUGGGAGGCAACAUCGAGGUGCUGGGCUUCAACGCACGGCAGAGGAAGGCUUUCCUGAACGCAGUGAUGCGUUAUGGGAUGCCCCCUCAAGACGCCUUCACCACACAGUGGCUGGUCAGGGACCUGCGAGGGAAGUCUGAAAAGGAGUUUAAGGCGUACGUCUCCCUCUUCAUGAGACACCUGUGUGAGCCAGGCGCCGACGGGGCAGAGACCUUCGCCGACGGCGUUCCCCGAGAGGGGUUGUCCCGGCAACACGUGCUCACCCGCAUUGGCGUGAUGUCGCUCAUCAGGAAGAAGGUGCAGGAGUUUGAGCACGUGAACGGCCAGUGGUCCAUGCCCUGGAUGAUGGAGCUGGAGGAGAGCAAGAAGGCAGCUGCUGCUGCUGCCGCUCGCCCCGACUCCCCGGGGAACCCCAAAACCCCCUCCACAGGAACCCCCGCCGACACCCAGCCCAACACCCCCGCCACAGCCCCCAAAACGCCCUCCACCGGCACACCCGCAGACACGCAACCCAACACGCCCGCCGCAGCCCCCAAAACGCCCUCCACCGGCACACCCGCAGACACGCAACCCAACACGCCCGCCGCAGACGAGCUCGCCAAGUCUGAAGAAGCUACGAAAGAGACUGAGAAGGAGAAAGAGGAGAAGAAUGAAGGAGGAGAAAAGGAGAGCAAGGAGCCAAGCAAGACUGACGAGUCGGAGGUGAUUGCGAUCCCUGACGACGAAGAGAAGGCGUCUCCCUCUCCCGACAAAAAGGAGAAGGAGAGCGAGGGAACGGCGGCCGCCCCUGUGAAGGAUGCAGGCAACGGAGAGGUGGAGAAAGAGAAAGAGGAGAAGGAAAAAGAGGGAGAGAAGGAAGAGAAAACGGGAGAGGCGGAGGAGAAGGGUUCCCCCGCUGAGGCCAAGCCUGAGGGUUCCGAGGUCAAGCCCGAGGAGUCGGGGGUCAAAGAUGAAAAGAAGGAAGAUAAACCUGAGAAGAUGGACACCACUCCCCCUGCAGAAGAAAAGAAAGAAACAAAGGAAGAGAAGGAAGGUGGAAAGACGGAGGAGGCCACCAAGCUGCAGAACGGGGAGAGCGUGAAGGAGGGGGUGGCGGGUCAGAGUGAGGAGAAGAAGAAGGCGGUGAAGCAGAGGUUUAUGUUCAACAUCGCGGAUGGAGGCUUCACAGAGCUCCACUCCCUGUGGCAGAACGAGGAGAGGGCCGCCACCGUCACCAAGAAGACCAACGAGAUCUGGCACCGUCGCCAUGACUACUGGCUGCUGGCCGGCAUCAUACAACAUGGCUACGCGCGCUGGCAGGACAUCCAGAACGACGUGAAGUACGCCAUCCUCAACGAGCCCUUCAAGGGCGAGAUGAGCCGGGGCAACUUCCUGGAGAUCAAGAACAAGUUCCUGGCUCGGAGAUUUAAGCUGCUAGAGCAGGCCCUGGUGAUCGAGGAGCAGUUGCGGAGGGCCGCCUACCUGAACAUGUCGGAGGACCCCUCGCACCCCUCCAUGGCUCUGAACACGCGCUUCAGCGAGGUGGAGUGCCUGGCCGAGUCUCACCAGCACCUCAGCAAGGAGUCCAUGUCCGGGAACAAGCCCGCCAACGCCGUCCUGCACAAAGUGCUGAAACAGCUGGAGGAGUUACUCAGUGACAUGAAGGCAGAUGUCACCCGUCUCCCGGCAACCAUUGCCCGGAUACCGCCUGUUGCCGUGCGCCUGCAGAUGUCGGAGAGGAACAUCCUGAGCCGCCUGGCCAGCAGGGGUCCUGAAACGCAGACUCAGCAGGUGUCACAACAGUAGCCUGUCUCAGGCUCCACCUCUUUCCUCUUUGCCUCCACAUUCCUGAUUGGCUCCUGGAUGACGACAUGACACCCGAGCUUCUUGAAGCCACACCCCUUUUUCCUGUCUAAGGACAUGCUGUGUGUCACCAGGCCAAUCCCUGGAGGCAGUGAAAAAUGAAAGCAAUUUUAUUAUUUUGGUUUUUUUUUAUGUUUCUUCCUUAUUAUUAUUAAUAUUAUUAUCGUUAUAUCGUUAUGAUCUUUUUUGGGGACCUCAAAUAAAAAGUGUAAUAAUAA